ACUUUCGUGGAAAGAAGACGCACGAGACGUUUCGCCCGUCACAAUCUGCCCUCAAUUGAGUCUGACCGUACAUUCGGGUCUGUCUUUACCUACAAAAAGGAAAUAGCAGUUUUUUUCGGAAGAAUUUUCUUAUCUUUCGUUUGCGUGAUAAUUAUUUCAGUUGUAAAUUGUCAAGUCGAACCGCGAGUGACAUUGCACACAGGGUGUACGACGUCCGUCGUUUUGCCAGAAUUUCCUUGAUUUUGAGUCAGAUUAGGUUCUUUAAUUUAGCUUGAGUGUGCGACUAAUCGCAGGUGAUUUGGGAAAUUCCACCCUCGCACACAAUUCCCGAGCGCCAGUUGUCAGUUUUUAGAGGAAAACUCACUGAGGCUUCGACGGGAGUUUCCAUCUGGAAGACACCUAAUUAGCGAUUUCGAAAGCGGCACUUCCGAUUUUGCAGGCAAGAGUCUAAGAAGCGCCGACUGCGCGUUUUCCUCCCUCAUAUUGACUAAAACUCGUUAAAAUUCAAGCCAAAACGGAUAAAAUGGCUUUGUGUCAGGCGUCAGUGCUGAAAUUAUAUCAUGCUGUCAUCGACGACGUUAUAGCGAGUGUUCGAGAUGCAUUUCUUGACGAGGGGGUUGACGAGCAAGUACUCCAAGAAUUGAAACAAAUUUGGACGAGUAAACUUUUAGCUAGUAAAGCAGUGGAAAUAAAUCCAGAACCACCGGAGCCUCAACCGCCACCAAUUUUAGUCAACAAUCCAAAGAGCAACAGCAAAGCGAAAAAUGCAAGACAAAAUGCCGCGGCUGCAACUGCUUCAAAUAACGAAAACAGUACCAAUAAUUCGACAGUGAGUCAAGGAAAUCAAAUGAAUGGUGGCCCUGUAAAGCAAGUGGUUACACAACAAAAAACUGUAGCACAAACUACAGCACCGGCACAACCGCAGCAAACACAGCCGCAAUCAACGCCCCAGCAACCACCUCCAGCCAAUCCGGCCGUUGCAGCUCUUGAUCCCAACAAGAUAAUUCCAGUAAAUAUAACCUUACCCGCUCAACCAGGAGUUGUUAAUUCAGAAUCUCGAGUGCUCACAAUUCAUGUGGCUGCCUCGGCCCUUCAAGAGAAUCAAUUAACUCAAAUAUUAACAGCUCAACUGAUUUCAUCUAUAAUGGGAUUACCCACGCAGUUAGCUUCCUCAGUGUUACAGCAACAUGUGAAUGCAGCGCUACAGAGCUCAGCAAUGGCUAAAACAUUGAACACGGCAAAGCAAUUGGAUGGCACAGCGGAUACUUCCGACGAAGAAGAUAGCGAGGAAAGUGAUGGAAAUUUAGAUAAUGAUGACGAGGAUGAUAUCGAUCGAGAUGAAGAUGAAGACGUUGACGGAGAAGGCGGGGCUGAAGAAGAACCGCUGAAUAGUGAAGAUGACGUUACAGACGAAGAUGCCAGCGACCUUUUUGAAACUGAGAAUGUUGUUGUUUGCCAAUAUGAUAAGAUAACACGAUCCCGUAACAAAUGGAAAUUUUAUCUAAAAGACGGCAUAAUGAAUAUUGGAGGGAAAGAUUUUGUUUUCCAAAAAUCAAAUGGUGAUGCUGAGUGGUAGUAGUAGCCCCAGAAGGUAUCGUGCAGCUUCAAAUUUCAUAUGGAAGAUUCCAUCUGUAGCAACUAGAAAUCACCAGAUUUAUCAAUUAGAACAUGCAAACACACAAAGUCAAACUCGAAACGUUGCACGGGUGUCAGUAUUCAUGCAAACUUAGAAUUGAACCAUGAAUUUCGCUAGGAAUAUUUCUUCAAUACAAUGAAUUAACACAACAACAAUAGAAACGUUAACAAUUUAAAUAUCAUUACAAAAGUGACAAAAUGUACUUAUAUAUACGGAAAGCAUCUAACAUAAACUAUGCCACCCACAACAGCAGAGAGCAUCUACCAAUCCGCAGUUAUAGCCUUUUUGCAACUGAAUUUAAUCAGACUAUUUACGUGUUUUAUAUAUUGUAAAAAGUAAUUUUAAGAUUAUGCUAAAUACAACAUAUUUCUCCAAUAAAAAAGCAUAAAAUUAUCUGUGACGCUUGCCUUGAAUGAAGUUAAGGAGAAUGCAAAUAUAAAGGAUGAUUUUUCUCGUACAUUUUCCAUGUAUUCGUCCCCAAUAAGUUCAGGGGGGAACGGUUAAACUUGAUUUGUUAUUAAAAAAGGAAGCAAAGGACACAUUGAAGUACUGAGAGAAAUAUUUAGGACCACAGAGUUUUGAGAAAGUAAAAGAUGCAAAUAGAAAUUAUGUUUGAUAGUUUGGAUCUCUUAAAAAUUGAUAAUUGUGUAUUAACAGAAAUUGGACAUAAAUGUUUACUCAACAAUUUACUUAUGUUUGUUAUAUAAAUGGUGUUAUCUUGAACUUUUGUAUGUGCUUAUACAAAAUUAAAAAGACGUGGUGCGGCGGAUAUUAUACACACAUUUAAUCUAGUACAAAUGUGAAAUUAUGAGAAAUUUCUCUACUGUUAUCCUAUUCAUGUAUUGUAAAUAUACAUAUAUUUUUCAAUAA